GGGCGCAGCCCCGGCCCGGCGCGAGUAGGAGGAGGAGCUGCAGCGGCCACGGCCACUCCGGCAGGUCCGCGGUGCUGCCAGAACCCGCCGACGGCGCGGGCUGCUGGUCCCCGCUCGGAGGAGGCGCGGGGGGCCCCGGGACCAUGGAGCCUGGUGACGCGGCGCGCCCUGGCUCGGGUCGGGCUACCGGGGCGCCGCCGCCGCGGCUGCUGCUGCUGCCGCUGCUGCCGCUGCUGCUGGGUUGGGGGCUGCGAGUCGCGGCCGCGGCCUCGGCCUCCUCCUCUGGGGCGGCGGCCGAGGACAGCAGCGCCAUGGAGGAGCUCGCUACUGAGAAGGAGGCGGAGGAGAGCCACCGGCAAGACAGCGUGAGCCUGCUCACCUUCAUCCUGCUGCUCACGCUCACCAUCCUCACCAUCUGGCUCUUCAAGCACCGCCGGGUGCGCUUUCUGCACGAGACCGGGCUGGCCAUGAUCUAUGGUGUGAUAAUUGAGGUUAUGCAGGAGAAUGUACUCAUUCUUUGGAGAUGCAAGCUGAAGUAUUCCGGGGGCUCAUCGUUGGGGUGAUCCUGAGGUAUGGUACCCCUGCUACCAGUGGCCGUGACAAAUCACUCAGCUGCACUCAGGAAGACAGGGCCUUCAGUACCUUAUUAGUGAAUGUCAGCGGAAAGUUCUUCGAAUACACUCUGAAAGGAGAAAUCAGUCCUGGCAAGAUCAACAGCGUAGAGCAGAAUGAUAUGCUACGGAAGGUAACAUUCGAUCCAGAAGUAUUUUUCAACAUUCUUCUGCCUCCAAUUAUUUUUCAUGCUGGAUACAGCUUAAAGAAGAGACACUUUUUCAGAAAUCUUGGAUCUAUACUGGCCUAUGCCUUCUUGGGGACUGCUGUUUCAUGCUUCAUUAUUGGAAAUCUCAUGUAUGGUGUGGUGAAGCUCAUGAAGAUUAUGGGACAGCUCUCAGAUAAAUUUUACUACACAGAUUGUCUCUUUUUUGGAGCAAUCAUCUCUGCCACUGACCCAGUGACUGUGCUGGCGAUAUUUAAUGAAUUGCAUGCAGACGUGGAUCUUUACGCACUUCUUUUUGGAGAGAGCGUCCUAAAUGAUGCUGUUGCCAUUGUACUGUCCUCGUCUAUUGUUGCCUACCAGCCAGCGGGACUGAACACUCACGCCUUUGAUGCUGCUGCCUUUUUUAAGUCAGUUGGCAUUUUUCUAGGUAUAUUUAGUGGCUCUUUUACCAUGGGAGCUGUGACUGGUGUUGUGACUGCUCUAGUGACUAAGUUUACCAAACUGCACUGCUUCCCCCUGCUGGAGACGGCGCUGUUCUUCCUCAUGUCCUGGAGCACGUUUCUCUUGGCAGAAGCCUGCGGAUUUACAGGUGUUGUAGCUGUCCUUUUCUGUGGAAUCACACAAGCUCAUUACACCUACAACAAUCUGUCGGUGGAAUCAAGAAGUCGAACCAAGCAGCUCUUUGAGGUGUUACAUUUCCUGGCAGAGAACUUCAUCUUCUCCUACAUGGGCCUGGCACUGUUUACCUUCCAGAAGCACGUUUUCAGCCCCAUUUUCAUCAUUGGAGCUUUUGUUGCCAUCUUCCUGGGCAGAGCCGCGCACAUCUACCCGCUCUCCUUCUUCCUCAACUUGGGCAGAAGGCAUAAGAUUGGCUGGAAUUUUCAACACAUGAUGAUGUUUUCAGGCCUCAGGGGAGCAAUGGCAUUUGCGUUGGCCAUCCGUGACACGGCAUCCUAUGCUCGCCAGAUGAUGUUCACGACCACCCUUCUCAUUGUGUUCUUCACUGUCUGGAUCAUUGGAGGAGGCACGACACCCAUGUUGUCAUGGCUUAACAUCAGAGUUGGCGUCGAGGAGCCCUCCGAAGAGGACCAGAAUGAACACCACUGGCAGUACUUCAGAGUUGGUGUUGACCCCGAUCAAGACCCACCACCCAACAACGACAGCUUUCAAGUCUUACAAGGGGACGGCCCAGAUUCUGCCAGAGGAAACCGGACAAAACAGGAGAGCGCAUGGAUAUUCAGGCUGUGGUACAGCUUUGAUCACAAUUACCUGAAGCCCAUCCUCACACACAGUGGUCCCCCACUAACCACCACGCUCCCCGCCUGGUGUGGCUUACUAGCUCGAUGUCUGACCAGUCCCCAGGUGUACGAUAACCAAGAGCCACUGAGAGAGGAAGACUCUGAUUUCAUCCUGACCGAAGGCGACCUGACAUUGACCUACGGGGACAGCACAGUGACUGCAAAUGGCUCCUCAAGUUCGCACACCGCCUCCACGAGUCUGGAGGGCAGCCGGAGAAUGAAGAGCAGCUCGGAGGAAGUGCUGGAGCGAGACCUGGGAAUGGGAGACCAGAAGGUUUCGAGCCGGGGCACCCGCCUAGUGUUUCCCCUGGAAGAUAAUGCUUGACUUUCCCCCCAAGCCCUGGCGCGAUGGGGUAGGCUCCCGAUGGGACUGAAGAUUUGAAAAUACAUCCAUGAACAUUUCAACAUGGAACGAAGAAUUAUAGUUCCUUCUCUGGCUAUAUCCAUAAAGAAGUAGUUAUGAAAUGUUUAAAACCAAAGACAAAUAGUGUUAUACUCUUAUUUUUUGAUUAAUCUGAGGAAAGGAGGUAUUUAGAAACUGAUGAUGGUAUCACUGCAAAAAGCAUUCAACUUUUUUUUUUUUUUGAGAUGGUGUUUCACUCUGUCACCCAGGCUGGAGUGCAGUGGCGUGGUCUUGGCUCACUGCAACCUCUGCCUCACGGGUUCAAGUGAUUCUCCUGCCUCAGCCUCCUGAGUAGCUGGGAUUACAGGUGCCCACCACCAUGCCCAGCUAAUUUUUUGUAUUUUUGGUAGAGAUGGGGUUUCACCAUGUUGCCCAGGCUGGUGUCAAACUCCUGACCUCGUGAUCCACCUGCCUUGGCCUCCCAAAGUGCUGGGAUUACAGGUGUGAGCCACUGCACCUGGCCAGCAUUCAACUUUUGAGGGCUACCAUAUAAGCUGACAGCCUAGGGAAAUAAUCACUAGGACUGAAGUAUCUACUCUGGGUUUAGAAAUAACACCAAAUUUUGUAGGAUGCUAUUAUCUGGGAAAGGGAAGGCAGCAAGAAACCUACAAGGCACCAGGCUAGAAUUCAGAGGGAAAGAAAUCUCAAUGCAAAAAAAUUACUGCAAAGAAAUACAAGAUAGUAGUCUCAAGACUAGGUAGAAUUCCAAACUUUGAGCCGACGAAUGCAUGAGAUUUCAGUGGCCACCUGAGGAAUCAGAGGGCAAACAAUGGAACAUUAAGUAUUUUCAGCCCACUAGAAAGUUCUGUCUUCUAUAAGCUUAAGAGUCCGAGUGUCUUUACACCACUGAGUGCCAUGCAGAGAAGGGUCAUUUUCCUUGUAUCUGGGGAGGCUGCUGCACCAGCUUAACAUGUGGGUGUGAUUGGAAAGUUAGGUUUUCAGUUUGGAUUCUUUCUGGAUGAGCUGUUCUGUCUGCCCACACCUGUAGUGCUGAAAUACAGAAAGACCUCUCGGGAAAAGUUUGAGUUUCUCUUAAUGUCUCUGUGCUUCAGUGCUAGCUUAUUUUUGGCAACCCAAUUUCUAAAAAAUGCUUUCAAUAACGUGGGCUUUUCUUUUUUUCUUUCUUUCCUUUUUUUUUUUUUUUUUUUGAGAUGGAGUCUUGCUGUGUCACCCAGGCUGGAGUGCAGUGGCGCGAUCUCGGCUUACUGCAACCUCCGCCUCCCGGGUUCAAGCAAUUAUCUUGCCUCUGCCUCCUGAGUAGCUGGGAUUACAGGCAUGCGCCACCACGCCUGGCUAAUUUUUUGUAUUUUUUAGUAGAGACGGGGUUUCACCAUACUGGCCAGUUUUUCUUAUGAUGGAAGACAAAAUAUUGUGUCCCAGUCUAGUCCACCCGUAGUGAAAUCAGUCAUUUAAUCUUCUCAAUUCGCAUGUUUAAUGCUUAAUUUUUAAAUAAGACAUUGCUUCACAACUUUGUGUUUGAAUUGAUAAUUUGUGCAAAUCAGGAAAAUACGUAUUUAAUUAGGUUGAGCCAUAUGAGUUUGCUGAUAUUUGACCAUUUUGUAAAAACAGGAGUGGCAAUUUCAUAUGGUUCAAUAAAAUAAAAUUGAGACCAGGCACAGUGGCUUAUGCCUGUAAUCCCAACACUUUGGGAGGCUGAGGCAGGAGGAUCACUUGAGCUCAGGAGUUCAAGACCAGACUGGGCAACAUGGCAAAACCCUGUCUCUACAGAAAUACAAAAAUGAGCCAGGCAUGGUGGCACAUGCCUGUAGUUCUAGCUACUUGGGAGGCUGAGGUGGGAGGAUUGCUUGAGCCCAAGAGGCAGAGGUUGCGAUGAGCUGAGAUCAUGCCACUGCAAUCCAGUCUGGGCAACAGAAUGAGACCCUGUCUCAAAAAAAAAAAAAAAAUACAGUUGAAUGAUUUUUAUUCUCCUCUUUCCUUUUUAUCUACAAUAAAGUCCAUUUUGAUUUUAUGGUCAUCCAUGGGCUUUGGAAGUUUGAAAAAUGCUAAACAACCUACCCAAACCCAUGAGCCCUCAGGGUCAACUAGGCUAGUGAAGGACUUAAGAAUAAGACCUACACCCCACAGCCAGAGAAAGAGCUUUCAUAGCCCCUGGAAGGGAAGUUCUUAUAUCCUGGGGUGAGGUUGCAGACAGCAGCUACCAGGCCUGGCAGAGGCCUGUAUUAUAUGUGUGCUGGAGUCCAGAACCAGCACAGGAUUUUUUAUUUAGCAGAGUUAUCUUAGUAAUGACCAGUCAUGCCAUAUAAAUCUAAAAGGCAAGGCUUGUUUUGUUUUCAUUUUUGUUUUUGUUUUGCAGAGAUGGAGAGAUAGGCUGCUUGGGUCUUUGGUUGGGUCUUUAUAAAGCUUUGCUUAUCUUAUAUUGCUUACUUAAUUUUGGAGGGAAAAAACUAACAGACACACCCUGGUGAUGGUUCUUUGUUCACCUCAAGGCUUUGUUGUUGUGUUGUUGUUUGUUUUUUGUUUUGUUUUGUUUUGUUUUUAGAUGGAGUCUCGCUCUAUCCCCCAGGCUGGAGUGCAGUGGCAUGACCUCGGCUCACUGCAAUCUCCACCUCCUGGGUUCAAGCGAUUCUCCUACCUCAGCCUCCCGAGUAGCUGGGAUUACAGGCGCAUGCCACCACACCCAGCUAAUUUUUUAAUAUUUUUAGUAGAGACAGAGUUUCACCAUGUUGGGCAGGAUGGUCUCGAUCUGCUGACCUCGUGAUCCACCCGCCUCUGCCUCCCAAAGUGCUGGGAUUACAGGCGUGAGCCACCGCCCCUGGCCAUUAUUUUGGGUUUUUUUUAGAAGCUUUUGCAAGAUUACAAGAAAUGACUCUCUUAGGGAAGAAAAAUAACCACCCAGUUUCCCUUCCUAGUCUUAGUUCAAUUCAUAGAGUGUUGUGUUUAUCCCCAAAGGGUCUUGUAGUCUUCACUGCAAACAUUUGAUUCUGAUCUACUCACAUACAAGGAAAUGUAGAUUGCCAAGACCAAAACUAGAGGGGUGGGCUUCCCAUCAGGGUUUUCCUGUGUGGAGAUGACAGGGGAAACAGGGAGGAAAUCCUAAUUAUGGCUUGUCCUCUUCCCUGAAUUGCUGUCUACGACAGUGUAGUUCCAAUGUAAACAAGGUGGGUUGGGGAUGGUUUGUAUAGGGCAGGAGGCCCACCCAGAAGGCCUACCCAGGGAAGAGAGGGCCCAGAACCUAGUUGCAGCAUUUGCCCAGUAACCCUACCCCGGCCUUUCUUUGUGUGUUAGGAAGCUGGAAAUGCAGGCUGGUCUCCCUUUCUUGCCUUUGUCACUAACCCCGAGCUGUCAGCCAUUUGGAAUCAGAACUGCUUUCCAGUGUUCUAAGUCCUUAUUUGAUUACAAAUAUUUGGUGAAUCAAAGUAAGGCACUUUGGUCCUAAUUUUUGACCUUUGGUCCUAAUUUUUGUUUGUAAGAUGUGGAGAAUAACCCUGACCUUACCAGGGGUCCUGGGAAUGUGAAUCCAUUCGUCAAGUGGUUCCACAUCUAGAAGCAUUUUGCCUAUGCCGUGUCAGGCAUCAUUCAGCACAAGGCCAACUAUCUGCUGCCAGUCUGGCAUAAGAUCAGAUUGAAACUGCUAAGUAAUGGUACAUCCAAAUAAACAAAGUUCUUCCAAGAGAGUAAACCCAAGUCCAUCUUAUACACGUAUUUGUUCUGGGUUGGUGGGGACGACAGUUCAGCAGAGUCCGAUGUUCUAGAGCAGAGGUUCUCAACCCUGGCUGUGAAUUAGGAUCAUCUGGCCAGUUUUUGUUUUUAAAUCAGUGCAAGGGCCCUCCCCUCAGAGAUUCAGAUUCAGUAGCUUCAGGUGGGACCUGGAAUCCAUGCUUUGUUUGGAACCUCAGGAGUGUUCUUGAUGUGCAGCCAGGAUUGACAAGAGCCUUUAGUCUAGAGCUCGCAGCAGACCUCUAGACUAUUUGGAAUCUGAUUUUAAAGAAUGGCCCAGCAGAUGAAGGUGUUUUUUUAAAUUGUUAGUCAUGUGAAACGAACUGAGUAUUGAUCAGUAAUACAGACAGGGCAGCUGUGAGAGAGUUUGAUGCUAAUCUUUGCAGAACUCAAGAACAUACUCCAUAAAGUACAGCUGAAAAGAUCACGAAAACCUUGGAGCCUUCGAGGAAAGAGAAGGGUGACUUGGGGUAUGUAUGGGGAGAACUAAAAACCUGUCAUCUUGGUUCCCACUUGUGGGGAAUAAAGGGAAGGUAUUGUCUUAACUGAGCUGCUGACUAAUCAAGCAUGAAGGUUUCUGGGAAGCUGUUUUGUUUUUUUUUUUAAUUUCACCUGGAAUUAAAUUAAUAGUCCCCUCUGGAGUCAGAUUUUCUUUUCCUUCACCUAUCCUCAUGCCUGAGUCCACACUGGAUUCCUCAGAAUAAGGGUGGGCCCAUUUACUGCUGGAGCAAAGUAGAAGGUUGUGGUCCUUUGCUAUCACAUGGUGAUGGUGGUGGUUUCCGUAGCAGGUAAUUAAGGAGAUGCACACUUUUGUAUAGCCCUGACAGAGAGAAGAUGAAAGCUGCUAUUCCUUUUAGUACACUUUUUGAGAACUACCAGAAACCUGAACUUUCUCUCCUAGGGAAGAAAAUUUGGAAUUUAAAUAAGGCCACAUUUCUUCCUAGGACACAAGCACAGGAAGGGCAUAUGGAUCCGAGCAUCCAGGGUGGUUACUGGGGUGAUCAGACAAAUAAGCAUUGAUGCCUGGAAGGCAGAAAUCACACUGCGACGUCAAAUGUUUCAUCAAGCAAACAGCAAGGAUCUCUUCAGGCUGUGUUCUCUAGACCCGAAAAUGUCCUCUGUGGCUUGGCUGAGAAAUGGAAUCUCUUUAGAAAACAUGCAAAAGGGUAUCUCAGCUAUCCAUGAACGAUUCGGUCUAGGACAAAGAACUAACAGUUCCUUCCAAAAUAGAGGUCUGUUGGUCUGUUUGACGUCAUCCCAUCAUCCUAUCUCUCCCUGUCCUUGUCUGCAGUAGAAGUUAAUGUAAUCAUACCAGAUGUUUAAUGUGAACAAGUAAUUUCCAAAUGUAGAAACACCACUGAUGCACUUAGGGGGAAAAACAGUGGCAGGGUGUUAGAGCAUCUCAUCAGAGGUGAAAAUCACCCACUUGGAAACCUACUGUGCACCCGUUGUGAGUUCUAAGAGUGUAUCAGAAAGCUGAUUUUACCAUCUGUUGUGAAAGAUUAUCUGCAAUGAGGGCUGCUAGAAAGUCAGCGUGCUGAUCUCACAAGUAUAUGACUUCUUAUUCCACUUCAAAAGUGGGGAACUUGACAAGUUUCUUGUCUGCCUUUUGAUGUUGAUUCUAUAGAUUAAUUAGUUCAGGAACAAGUCUUUCAUAUACAUUAGACUGGUAUCAUUGAGUUCUGAGCUAUUCUGUUGUUCUUUAACUGACACUCUGGAUUGCCAGUGUCGGCUGCUACAUUCUGAUACAGUAAGUCAAAGGAAUCUAGUGGCCAAGAGUUGUAGUUUAGAAACAACCCAUCUGAAUACUGCUUUUACCACUUUGAUACCUGAAAAGAUCAUCCCCCUUUCUAAAACCUGAAAACAACAUAUAGAGAAAUACUGUAGAAACCAUUGCUAGUGUCUUAACUAGGAAAAGCAAGUAGACUCAUCAACAAUCCUUUCAAAACAAGACCUAGAGAUAAACAGUUUUUUCCAGUGUCAAUUUUCAUAGACAUUUUAAAAAAAUUAAACACAUCUUGUCACCCAGUGCUAGCAAAAAUUGUAAAGAGCAAAACCAAAGUUUUUGAUGUUAGUCUUAUUUUUGUAAGCAGGGUAUACUAUAGUCGUGGCCCAUAUGGAACACACAGGCAGCCGGUUUUCUGCUACCUGAGCCUUGGAGAAGAUGAGAAGGAAGGGCUGCCUGCUGUGCUGCCCUUUGAAAAGGUCCAAAGCAGACAGGAGAGCACACAGCAGAAGUCACCUUCUCCUUCUGAUGACCACCUUUCAAAAGGCUUAACAGAAUCACCAAGUGUCACAGUCAAGUCUUGGCCAGUGGGAAAUUGUCUGGGCCUGUAUAUGUUGGAGGAACUCAGAUAGAAAAGGACUUGUAAACAGCAUGGAAACCUCAACAUCUGCUUUCUCAAGCACUUAAAAAAGGCUACAGUUCAGGUGUUACCGGAUGACUUAACUGCAUGGAAACCUCAACAUCUGCUUUCUCAAGCACUUAAAAAAGGCUACAGUUCAGGUGUUACCGGAUGACUUAACUGCAUGGACAUUUAGGGGCUGACUUGUGUUGUGAUUAUUCCAAUUGUGGGCUUUGGAGAAGCAGAGGGAUGAUUUUCAGUUGUGUGGGUGUUAAGUCUAUGGAUUGGGAAUUUACCACUGAAAUUGAUCGUUCAAAGUGUGACUUCAUAGUAGGGCCACCUCCUCCUAAGUUGUCCUUUUGUUUUUCACAUAAAAUACAUCUGGUACUUUUUACUUGGAAAGUUGUACUAUGUCCAUGAAAAUGGUUAAAUGAGAAGGCCAUAAAGAUUCAUUUAAUAGCUGAAAAGCAAUUUUUAAAAUAGAAUAGGACGAAUUUAACAUGGAAUGAUGUGACCUUCUAGGGAACUUUUUAUAGAGAGCUUACAUAGUGUAAUUGGGGAGAAUUUUGUCUUCUAUUUCCAUUCAACAGUAGCAAACUGGUGGUUUUAUAAAAUUAACAUUAUAGUAUGUUAUAUAAAUAAACGUUAUAUAAAAUGACAUUAAAGUAUAACUGUGAAAAAUUAAAGACUUGGAGUUAUCCACAACCUUUAUGUGCAAUAAGGAAAACUGCAGUAGGCCCCCAAAGUGCCAUCUUUCCCUAGCAUUUUACUCAAUGUUUGCCUUUGUGUAUGUUUAGAUUGCUAUUGUAAAGCUAGCCAUGUGUGUUCCUGCCCUUUACUGAUAUUUAACACAUUUUCUCAAAGCUUUUCUUUUUUUUAAAAAAACAAAACUCAAAAUAAAACAACUAACUGGCUGAGCUAA